CUUUUGAGGAUGCACGGGUUUCUAUUUAUACAUUAAUUCUUAUCCAUAUUUCUCUCUUCUCAUUCUUUCUUUCUCCUAACCUUCUCAUUACAACCAAACACACUCUUUAUGCGUUAUUACUGUCCAAACUCCAAACCAAACACAGGUUUGCCGUAUAGAAACAACGUUGUUGUUUUAAACACACACCACCUCCUUAUUUCUAGGUCCGAGGUAUAAGGAAACAGGGAGGUUUAGAUUCAUCGCGUCUAAUCUAUUUCCCUCUCCACGUAUCAUUUUCUAAAGGAUUUCAAUUUCAGGUAUCAUAUCAAGCUCCAUUUUCAAUUCCAGGUUGUCCCCUUCUUGUUAGUUAUGGCAGUGAAACCGACAGUUGCAUUAAGAGCAAUUCUUGUUGGAGGCAUAGCGGCGUUUGCUAAAGUAGCAGGUGUAAUGAAGGCUGCAGGUGGCGUAAAGGUUGGUGCGGCUGCAGCAGCCAUGACAGCAGCAGCAACUGCAGCUAUGGCUGGUUCAAAACAAGAGCAAAAUGAGACUUCUCAACAGCCUACAAAAUAACUGUCUUUUGGAAAGUUUAUGUAGCAUAGUUAAAUAAACAGAAAGGUAAGAGGCCAUAUGCAAAUUUUAGUUUUUACCAAUGAGAAUGCAUUAACCUCGGAAAGUCUUUGUUGUAUGGUUUCAUUAAAUUUGUAAAGCUCAUGAAGUUUUAGAUGAAGUUGUGGAUUUUUGAGAUAGGGAAACUCCAAUUGAAUUGUUUGACUAUUAUUGAUAAAACUAUUUAUCGGAUAAGUUAGAUGACAUUUUGGA